CCUGUCAAAUUUUUCAUUUUGACGUUUGCUUGCAGUUGACGUAAUGGACGUCAUUUUUUGACGUUUAUUAUUGUUGGAAAAAUUACAAAAAUACGAUUAUGCUGCGCACUACCUUAAUUAAGGCCCUAAAUGCGGCCAAACUAAGCCCUAAGCAUGUCAGUGUAGUAUCUAGAGCUUCGAGCGAUGUAGCCAAGAAACCUGAAAAAAUCGAAGUUUUCAUUGAUGAUCAACCUGUGUUGGUGGAACCUGGGACGACGGUUCUUCAAGCCGCUGCUCUCAUCGGGAUUGAAAUCCCCCGGUUUUGCUACCAUGAGAGACUGGCGGUUGCCGGCAACUGUAGAAUGUGUCUCGUAGAAGUAGAAAAGUCUCCUAAACCAGUAGCUGCUUGUGCUAUGCCAGUGAUGAAAGGCUGGCGCAUUAAAACCGAAUCGGAAAUGACAAAAAAAGCCCGCGAAGGCGUCAUGGAGUUUCUGCUGGUGAACCACCCCCUGGAUUGCCCCAUUUGCGACCAGGGUGGCGAAUGCGAUCUCCAAGACCAGAGUAUGGCGUUUGGUUCGGAUAGAUCGAGAUUUACAGAUAUAGAUUUCUCCGGUAAAAGGGCUGUUGAAGAUAAGGAUAUCGGGCCUUUGAUUAAGACUAUAAUGACUAGGUGCAUUCACUGUACGAGAUGUAUUCGUUUUGCAUCUGAAGUCGCAGGAGUUGAUGAUUUGGGGACAACAGGUCGUGGAUCGGGUAUGGAAAUUGGAACUUAUGUACAGAAAUUCUUUUUGUCGGAGCUCUCAGGGAAUGUUAUUGAUUUGUGUCCUGUGGGGGCUUUAACUAGCAAACCGUAUAGUUUUACUGCCAGGCCGUGGGAAAUUCGCAAGAUUGAUUCUAUUGAUGUUUUGGAUGCAAUUGGGUCAAAUAUUGUUGUAUCGACGAGAACGGGGGAGGUGAUGAGGAUUCUGCCUAGGACAAAUGAGGAGAUCAAUGAGGAGUGGUUAUCCGACAAAGCAAGAUUUGCGUACGACGGUUUGAAACGCCAGCGCUUAGUCACCCCCAUGCUUCGCGGCAGCGAUGGCGAACUUACACCCGUCGAUUGGGAAACCGCUCUCUUGAGUGUCGGAAAAGUCCUAAGAAAUGCGGGUUCUAGUGUAGGCGCCAUAGCUGGCGGCUUAGCAGAUGCCGAAGCAUUAGUAGCCCUAAAAGACCUCCUAAACAGACUAGGCUCCGAAGAUCUAUGCACCGAGCAUACAUUCCCCAUGGACGGUUCCGGCAGCGAUCUGCGUUCGAACUACUUACUGAACAACAAAAUCGCCGGGGCCGAAGACGCUGACUUCGUCCUGUUGAUCGGAACCAACCCUAGAUUCGAAGCACCGCUUCUAAAUUCACGCUUAAGAAAAGCUUACGUGCACAAAGAACUCGAUGUGGCCUUGGUUGGCCCCAAAGUAGACUUAACCUACGAGUACGAUCACUUAGGAGAUGACCCUAACGUUAUUUCGGAGAUAGCUUCAGGUAAACACCCUAUAGCGAAAAAGUUGAAGGCUGCGAAGAAACCCUUGAUUAUUCUGGGGGCUGAUAUUCUGCAGAGGCCUGAUGGGGGCGCGUUGUUGGCAGCCGUUCAAAGUUUGGCGGCUUCCACGACUCCGUCGGAAGGUUGGAAAGUUUUCAACAUCUUGCAUAAAGUUGCCAGUCAGGUGGCUGCACUGGAUAUUGGAUAUACCCCGGGGGUUGAUAAGAUCCGUGAGAAUAGCCCGAAAGUUCUUUUCUUGUUGGGAGCAGAUGAAGCUGCUAUUGACAAGAGUGAUUUGCCGGAAGGUUGUUUCGUCAUUUAUCAAGGUCAUCAUGGCGAUCAGGGAGCCGUUAUUGCGGACGCCAUAUUGCCGGGGGCUGCCUACACUGAAAAACAAGCAACUUAUGUGAAUACCGAAGGAAGAGCGCAGCAAACGUUGCAAGCCGUUUCGCCCCCAGGACAGGCUAGAGAAGAUUGGAAGAUCAUUAGAGCUCUUUCUGAAGUCAUAAGGGUUCCUCUGCCAUAUGACAACUUGAAUGAAAUUAGGUGCAGGUUGCACGACGUAGCGCCACAUUUAACUAGAUACGGUGAAGCGGAAAAUGCGAAUUACUUCAAACAAGCGGAAGAAUUAGCUAAGACGGCAAAAAGUAGUAACUUAAGUGGUUCUCCAAUUGAUGUCAAAAUAAAAGAAUUAAAGGACUUCUACAUGACUGACGCCAUCAGCAGGGCUUCGCCGACGAUGGCGAAGUGCGUCCAAGCAGUACUCAAACAGAAACAGUCAAAAUACUGAAUUCUGUAAUAGAUUCUUGCACUAUUUAAUUUUAAUGUGUUGUAUUAUAAAACGAAUAAAUAAAUACGAAACAA